UAUGUGUUAUCGAUUACACGAAGCGUUAUUUGUCUGGACAUAUCGCACCACCUAUCGAAUCAGCUGCAGCUGAAAAUUAGACCAAAAAGUUAUUCUAAAUGUGCUUAGAUCUGAAUCACGCUUGACAACGCAGUCUUAGCCAUCUAGAUGCCCGAUCCGGGUGCGGGAUCGGAAAACACUGAUCUAGUGUAAUAAAAAGACUGUGCACAACGAUUCCAAACCGUCGCUCCUCACAUAUCUUUGUAAACACAAAUAAAUCGCCACUGAAAGAAAAGUCCCAUCCAUCCAGCUGAUAUAACUGUUAUUGUAUAUAAUCAAUUAAUACGCUGCACAAACUCGAGCAUCGAGCCGCCUAAAAUCCCAGAGCACAGAUCAGAUUCCAUCGCGGCCUUCAAAAUGGACGAACCUUCGGACGAUGAGAACUCGGAGCCUACGCCCAAGAAGAUCAAGCGGGAAUGGGUGAAGAGCUACUCGAACAAGGCCAUGGAAAUGAUGAUGAAGAUGGGCUACGAGAAUGACAAGGGUUUGGGAAAGAGCAACCAGGGUCGCCUGGAGCCCAUCAUCGCCGUUCAGCAGGAUGGUCGCCGUGGCUUCGGACUCAAACUGGACACUGUCCAGUCGUCGGCUGGCCAGUGGGAUCCUGCCUGCGAGGUGCUCGAGAUACCCGAACCGGUGCUUUGGCUCCACAAUCCUAGCAGCCGUGCGGAGGCAUACACUCUUGAUCAGCUGAUGGGUCAUGUGGUCACCGGUGAGAAGAAGGUGACCCUCGACGGGGAGACACGCUACUGCGAUCCGGCCAUCCUGCAUCACAUCCUCAAUGCCAAAACCGUAUUCGAUGAUCUCAACGACAACGAGAAACGACGGGCAAGAUCCCGAUGCAAUCCGUUCGAGACGAUCCGCAGCUCCAUCUUUCUCAACCGCGCCGCCGUUAAGAUGGCCAACAUCGACUCCAUGUGCGACUUCAUGUUCACCAAUCCCCGCGAUCCCGAUGGCCAGACGCUGGUGGCUCGCGAUGAGCUCCUCUAUUUCACGGACAUGUGUGCAGGUCCUGGCGGCUUCUCCGAGUACGUUCUGUACCGGAAAUCGUGGGAGGCCAAAGGAUUCGGCUUCACGCUUCGUGGCGCUAACGACUUUAAGCUGGAAAAGUUCUUUGCUGCCUCACCGGAGUCCUUUGACACGUUCUACGGCGUUAAGGACGAUGGCAACAUUUUCGAUGAAAGCAACCAGGAUUCGCUGAACGAGUAUAUCCGCAUGCAUACGCCCCAGGGCGUUCACUUUGCCAUGGCCGACGGUGGCUUUUCAGUGGAAGGUCAGAAGAACAUCCAGGAGAUCCUGUCCAAGCAACUGUACCUCUGUCAGUUCCUUACCGCCCUGAAGAUACUGCGGCCGAACGGCAGCUUCGUUUGCAAGUUGUUCGACCUGUUCACACCGUUCAGUGUGGGCCUGGUCUAUCUGAUGUACCAGUGCUUCCAACAGAUUGCCAUCAUCAAGCCAAACAGCAGCCGUCCGGCAAAUUCGGAGCGUUACCUGGUCUGCAAGUACAAACGUUCGGAUGCGGAGACGGCGGGCAUCAUAGCCUAUCUGAACACGAUCAACCUGAUGCUGUCCGAUGAAUCGCAACUGGACGAUAACGACGUGCUGGAGAUCUUUAAUGCCAACGAGCUGGCCGAGGACGAGGACUUUUUGCGUUACAUUAUCGAUUCAAAUAACGCCAUUGGCAAGAAACAGAUCGUCGGCCUGCGCAAGAUAGCAGCAUUCGCCCAGAAUCUGGAGCUGAAGGAGACCAAGCAGUCGGAGGUGCGGCAGGAGUGCCUGAAGCGCUGGAAACUUCCGGAUAAACUGCGCCAGGCACCGGAGAACAAGCCAACGGACAGGCUGCUCGAUGAACUCCUUGCUAAUUGGGCGAACGAACGCAGCUGGCUGAGUUUGCCGGCCACCGAAAUGAGAGGCGUGGCCAGUCUCAACUCGACCAUCAACAACGUUGCGGACUGGUAUUUUGUGCCGGUGGGGCGCGAGGAGACGAACAUUAAUGCAUGCAGCCUGUUUUUGUGCAAGUCCCGCGGCAAUUUGCUGCGCUACACGGAGCACAAGAAGUGGGAGCUGGUGGAGACCGCCUUCGAGGUGCAGCCGCGCUCGAUCUUCUUCGGCCAGAUUGUGUACGAGUUCUACGGAGAGGGCAGGACCAUUCAGCGAAUGGCUGCCCUGCACAUUAUGGAUGGUAUCUGCCUGGGCGGCAUCGAUAUCCGUAGACGUCCGUACCGCGAGCGCAUGAGCAUGUGCGAUAAGUUUGCCAGGAGCCUAAACAAGCCGUACCGCAAGGAGCGCACUUUUGGAGCGCUGCGCAGCAAGCCCCUCUUUCGCCUGCAGGAUAUGGGCAGUUUCUUUGCGAACAUGCGCCAUUAUGUGCUAAAGGACAACUCGCAGAGAUUCGGAAUUGCGCUGGACGACAACAAGUUCUUUGUGCCCGGCGGCAUAAUGAUGUUCUGCGAGCUGACCAAAAAUUACGUGUCCGCCCACUCGCGGUCUCGUGGUCAGCUGUACUACUUUAACGUGAGGAAUAAGGAGUCGUACUACAGUGAUCAGAUACCCUUGGAGAAGGCCAACGAGAUCUUCGCCUCGUUCCGGUUUAGCUUCUCGUGCCGCCUGCUCUGGAAGUGGACGGACCUGCGCCAGGUGGAUGAGCUGGCCACCGAGGACAAUCCAAAGAUCCUGUUCCGCAGCGACUUCGUCAAGUUCAUUGCGGACAAGCUGGGCCACAGCUAGGCCAACACAACUUAGCCAUAACUAUACAUUAAUUAUACAUAAGGAUAUUUUCUUUCUUAUUUCUUUUUUUUUUUUUUAACUUCCCCCGCACGCCUAGGAUUAAUCUAAAAAUUUUACACCGGAUCCAUGCAUUUUACUUAUUCGACUUAAGUAUUCGACGAUCCGCAUGACCUAAAUCAUAUAUACAAAAUUUCUUUCGACCAUCACUACGAACUAUUAUAUAUUCAUAGAGCAUCAUACAUGCGUAUGAGCACACACGUA